AUGCCCGCAAUACACGACUUCGGGACCGGGUCCCACGCGGCCGCCACCGACACGGCGACCGCGACCUCGACCAGCUCCGGCCAAGACUCGCCGCCACUCCGCCCGCUCAAGGAGGUCGAGUCCCGGCACAGCCACCACAACCGGAGCCGGGCCUCGUCCCACUCGUCCACCGACACCGACCCCCUCGAGCCCCUCGAGCACGCCCUGACGCCCGACCUCGAGACCGAGGCGGAGCACGUCGCUCGGGAGCCCAUCACGUACACGCGCACCGGCACGAGUAUCGGCAGCACCGCAUCACGGCCUCCGGACUACGAGGUCGUCUUUGAGCCCGACGACCCCGAGAACCCAAAGAACUGGCCCCUCUGGUACCGCGGCUGGACCAUCUUCGUCGUCUCACUCUCUACCUGGAUCGUGGUGCUGUACAGCACGAGUUACACGGCGUCUAUCCCCGGCCUCGUUGAGGAGUAUCACUCGACCAGGGUUAUUGCGACGCUCGGUGUUACUACUUACCUUCUUGGCUUGGCUGCCGGCAGUCUAAUUGUUGCCCCGAUGAGCGAGUUGUAUGGCCGGCAAUAUGUCUACCUCGGAUGCUUCACCGUCUCAUCACUGCUGAUCAUUCCCUGCGCUCUUGCAAAGUCCCUGACGACCCUGAUUGUCGUCCGCUUCUUCGGCGCAUUGUUCGGAGCUGCCUUGAUCGCCAACAGCCCAGGAACGGUGGUGGACAUCUCAGAUGAGGAGUAUCGUGCCCUCGCUAUGUCCUUCUACUCCAUCGCCCCCUUGAACGGUCCAGUCACCGGUCCAAUCAUCGGUGGCUUCGUGUACCAGUACCUGGGCUGGAGAUGGACCAACUGGAUCGUCCUCAUCAUCGCCGGUGUUGGCAUCGCACUCAUGUUCACCCUGCGUGAGACCUACGCACCCACCAUUCUCCAGCGCAAGGCCGCUCGCAUCCGCAAAGAGACGGAUGACCCGCGCUGGUGGUGCCGCUACGACGAGAAGGUUUCCAAGGUCCACCUCAUCAAGCUGAAUCUCAGCCGCCCCUUCGUCCUCAGUUUCACAGAGCCCAUUCUAUGGUUCUUCAACCUCUGGAUCUCACUCAUCUACGGCAUCCUCUACCUCUGCUUCGUCGCCUACCCCAUAGUCUUCUCCCAAUACCGCGGCUGGGGCCCCGGCGUCUCGGGCCUCGCCUUCGUCGGCAUCGGCAUUGGCACCAUCCUCGCCAUCAUCAGCGAGCCCAUCUUCCGCCGCAUCAUCAACGCCCACCCAAAGGACCCCAUCACCGGCCGUGUCCCGCCCGAAGCCACCGCCCGCGUGAUGACCAUCGGCGCCAUCCUCACCCCCAUAGGCCAGCUCGUCUUCUCCUGGACCUGCCUCCCCGCCACGAUCCACUGGGCCAUCCCCAUCGCCUUCGGCAUCCCCUUUGGCGCGGGCAACACAAUCUCCUUCAUCUACGGGUCCAACUAUCUCGCCGGCGCGUACGGCAUCUACGCCGCCUCCGCGCUGGCCGGCAACGCCGUCAUGCGAAGCAUGUUUGGCGGCACGCUGCCGCUCGCGGGCACGUCCAUGUAUAAGGCCAUGUCGCCCCAGUGGGCGGGGACGCUCUGCGGCCUGCUCGAGCUCGCGCUCAUCCCGAUCCCCAUCAUCUUUUGGCGGUACGGCGAGAAGAUUCGCGCAAAGAGCCCGAUUAUUCGGCAGAUGAGGGAGGACCAGGAGAAGAAUGAGAGUAAGCGGGCGAAACAGCUCGCGCGGCUGGAGAGGAAGAAGGAGAGGGAGGCUGCUGCUGCGGCAGCAGCGGCUGCAGGUGGUCACAGUGAGAAGUCGACGGGCGUGUUGGCGAGUGAGGAGCAGACUGAGCCUCGAGAUAUCGAGAAGAGUGCUUGA